AUGGACGGGAAGCGCAAUAUAGUCAUUAUCGGUGGAGGCAUAAUUGGCUGCACAACAGCCUAUUACCUCACUCGCCAUCCAAAGUUUAACCCGGCUAUACAUACAGUAACUCUUCUCGAAGCUGGCCCGUCGCUUGCAUGCGGCGCUUCCGGCAAAGCUGGUGGUUUGCUGGCGCUGUGGGCAUAUCCUGCCUGCAUAGUGCCUCUUUCCUAUAAGCUACACGCAGAGUUGGCUGCUGAGCACAACGGCGCGCAAAAAUGGGGCUAUCGAAAGCUACAGUGCGGGAGCUUUGAGGCGGUCGUCUCAAGGAAGAAGCUCAGCAAGCCCAACCAGCCCCAGCUUUCCACAGAUGGGGAGAAGCCAUGGGAAAAGCUACCAAAGCAAGACGAGGCGGCGCAAGAGUUAUUGGAAGAGGGGAUACUACCCAAAGAUCUAGAUUGGGUGGAUCGAGACUUGGUGACGAGCUGGGCUGAAAUGGGCGGCCCCGGAACCACAGAAACGUCCCAAGUUCACCCAUUUCACUUUACCACCACUAUUGGCGAAUUAGCAAAACAGGCUGGUGUUGAAAUUAGGACGGAUGUCAAGGUGACCAAAGUUGCAACGUCAAAAACCGCCGUGGAAAGGGUCGAAUACCUGGAUAGAAGCACUGGGGAGAUGAGGGACAUUAAAGAUGCAACUGAUAUUGUGGUUACUGCCGGCCCAUGGACAGGACGAUUAUUGCCGCGAGCGAAAGUGGAAGGCUUGCGAGCACAUAGUGUCGUUUAUGAUGCGGAGGUAUCACCGUUUGCCGUCUUCACCGAUAUCCAGCUGCCCAGUGACUUUGUACCAGAGCACCGGGCGAAACUGGGACAACAGAGGAUGCACAAGAGCCACGUCGAUCCCGAAAUCUAUGCCCGUCCCUUUGGCGAGGCGUACGCCUGCGGUGAAGGGGAUACAACCACCCCGCUGCCAGACACGGUCGACCAAGUCGAAUGUGACGAGGCCCGGUGCGACGAUAUUACUUCGUAUAUUAGUACAUUCAGCCCAGUUCUUGCUGCAGCACCCAUCAAAGCCAAGCAAUCAUGUUAUCUGCCGCGACAUAUGCGCUUCGGGCAAGAGAGUGGUCCGCUCAUAGGGCAGACGACGGUACCAGGAUUGGACAAGAAGGAAACGCUCGCCCAAAACUAUCGCCGCCUCGGGCUCGUCGCGCGGCUCAAAGCUCCCACCGGCGGCGUCGAGAAGAAACUCGGCGCCACUACGACGGGGAUAUCGAAAAACGACCCGUUCGCAAUAACAUCCGUCGGCAAGGCCAUCAUCUCCGAGGCAAAAGUGGAGCGGGACGCGGACGGCAAGAUUAUUCGAGUUUUGGGAACGACGAGGCCGAAUCCUUUGAAUGACCCGCUGAACAAUCUUGACUCGGAUUCGGAGGAGGACGGCGCGGGGGAGGAAUGGGGUGGCAUUGCGGAGAGGGAGGCCGAGGAGGAGGACACGACAGACGUGGUGAGGAGUCUGAUUGAGGAGUCGCAUAACCCUGCACCUAAGGUGGCGAGAUAUCAAAGUGAGGGGGAGAGGGAGUGGUUGGAGAAGCUGGUAGAGAAGCAUGGGGAUGAUUAUGGGGCGAUGGCGAGAGAUACCAAGUUGAAUCCGAUGCAGCAGACAGCUAGGGAUAUUGGGCGGAGGAUCAAGAAGAUGCGGAGCGAAUGA